AAAGGAAAGGCCGCAAGCGUUCUCAGGUGCCGUUGCCGUCUGAGGGUCGUGGUCAUGUUCUGUGAGAAAGCGACCGAGCUCGUCCGUGAGCUCCACCGCGCAACCGACGGGCAGCUUCCUUCCUUCAACGAAGAUGGGAUCAGGCAAGUACUUGAGGAGAUGAAAGCAUUGUAUGAACAGAACCAGACUGAUGUAAAUGAAGCUAAAUCAGGACGUACUGAGUUGAUUCCAACAAUCAAAUUUCGCCAUUGCUCUCUGCUGAGAAAUCGACGAUGUAUUGUUGCAUACCUGUAUGACCGUUUACUUCGCAUCCGGGCACUUCGGUGGGAAUAUGGCAGUGUCUUGCCAAAUGCUGUCCGAUUUCACAUGUCAGCUGAUGAAAUGGUGUGGUUCAACCAAUAUAAAAAGUCUUUGGCUACCUAUAUGAGAUCUUUAGGAGGAGGAGAUGGGCUGGACCUUACACAGGACAUUAAACCCCCCAAAAGCUUGUACAUUGAAGUUCGAUGUUUAAAAGACUAUGGAGAAUUUGAGAUUGACGAUGGCACAACAAUUCUGUUGAAGAAGAAUAGCCAGCAUUUUUUACCACGCUGGAAAUGUGAACAGUUAAUCAGACAAGGAAUUUUGGAGCACGUCCUAUCAUAAAUUAGUUAUUCACAAGACUGAUGAAAUACCCAUACACUAAAUAUUUUCAGCAGAUUUUUAAAUAUGGGUAAGUAGCAAAAGAUGUCACAGUGCCUUCUCUUGAAAAACACAAGAAAAGUUUAAUAAAUAAUACUUUAUGAAGAGGAAAAAGGAGAAGACAUAGUUAACCUUUUAGAUGACCACUAUCCUGAAAUAAGUGGACUUGUUUUAUUCAUAGCUUUAAGUGCUGCCUUUAUGUUUGGACGCCUUUUGCAGUUUCAGCCACAUUUGACUUCUCUGCCCUUUUUGUAUGAAAGAAUGUUAUCAUGAACCAGACAUGAUUUAAUAAAUAUCACAAUAAAA